GCAGAAAACGUCACUUCCGGUCAGAGUCUGCAGACCUUGGUGAGGCUGCGACAUGUCCCGGGUUCUCAUCGUCGGAGCGGGUCUGACAGGGAGUCUGUGUGCCUGUCUGCUGCGGAGGAACAUGGACAGCAAAGUCCACAUUGUGGUCUGGGACAAGUCCAAGGGUUCUGGUGGAAGGAUGUGCACGUCUCGUCCUCCUGACUCCCAGUGUCACUCAGCAGACAUAGGAGCGCAGUACAUCACGGCCACACAUGAAUAUGCUGAGUCUCACCACAGCCUGUACACAGAGCUGGUGAGUGCGGGGGUGCUGCGUCCUCUGGACUGCGUGGUAGAAGGACUGCGACACCAAAAGGGGAGUCAGAACUACGUGGCACCACUGGGCAUGAGCAGUGUGGUCAAACACUUCCUGUGUGAGUCAGCUUACUCAUUUCUAGGAGCUGAUUUGUUCUUGGAGCGUCAUGUGACUGGCCUGUAUCGCCGUGGUGCAUCAUGGGAGGUUCACAGGAAGCAUGGCGCCAGUGAGCGCUUUGACUCAGUCAUCCUGACCAUGCCUGUACCUCAAAUACUGCAGCUGCAAGGAGACCUGCCACUACUGCUGUCUGUCCAGCAGAGGGCGCAGUUAGAAGCAGUGAAGUAUUCUUCACGUUUCGCCUUGGCACUCUUCUUCGCGCCCGGCGUGGACAUCGAGGUGCCCUGGGGCGUGCGCUACUACAACAACCAGGGCGACAACAGCGAGUGUAUCUGCUACGCCACCGUGGAGCCUCGUAAACGCGGCACAGAAGGCCACGCCGCCCUGGGUCCAGCUCUGGUGGUCCAUAGCAGCGCUCCCUUCGGCCUGCAGCACCUGGAAAAGGAGAAGGAGGAAGUGGAGCCCGUGGUCUUGAGGGAAGUCUACAGGCUCCUCCCCAAUCUGCCUCAGCCAAUCAGCAUCAAGUGCCACAAGUGGAGGUACUCCCAGGUGCUGACCUCAGUGGCAGACUGUCCAGGUCACAUGACCAUCCUGGAGCGCCCCCUGCUGGUGUGUGCGGGCGACGCCUUCAGCCACUCCAACUUUGACGGCUGCGUGGAGUCGGCAGUGAGUGUGCUCGCCGUCUUCCAGGCUGGAAGUUAGCUCGGCACCUCACUGAUACUUGGACUUGUUUGGAAAGACUUUAUUCACUUGACGUCCUCUUUCACACACCUGACAUCUGACAUCAUCUUUCACACACCUGACACCUGACAUCCUCUUUCGCACACCUAAAAUCCUCUUUCACACACCUGACAUCUGACAUCAUCUUUCACACACCUGACAUCUGACAUCAUCUUUCACACACCUGACAUCUGACAUCAUCUUUCACACACCUGACAUCUGACAUCCUCUUUCACACACCUGACAUCUGACAUCAUCUUUCACACACCUGACAUCUGACAUCAUCUUUCACACACCUGACAUCUGACAUCAUCUUUCACACACCUGACACCUGACAUCCUCUUUCGCACACCUAAAAUCCUCUUUCACACACCUGACAUCUGACAUCAUCUUUCACACGCCUGACAUCUGACAUCAUCUUUCACACACCUGACAUCUGACAUCAUCUUUCACACGCCUGACAUCUGACAUCAUCUUUCACACACCUGACAUCUGACAUCAUCUUUCACACACCUGACAUCUGACAUCAUCUUUCACACACCUGACAUCUGACAUCCUCUUUCACACACCUGACACCUGACAUCCUCUUUCGCACACCUAAAAUCCUCUUUCGCACACCUGACAUCCUCUUUCGCACACCUGACAUCUGACAUCCUCUUUCGCACACCUGACAUCUGACAUCCUCUUUUGCACACCUGACAUCCUCUUUCGCACACCUGACAUCUGACAUCCUCUUUCGCACACCUGACAUCCUCUUUCGCACACCUGACAUCCUCCUUCGCACACCUGACAUCCUCCUUCGCACACCUGACAUCCUCCUUCGCACACCUGACAUCCUCCUUCGCACACCUGACAUCCUCCUUCGCACACCUGACAUCUGACAUCCUCUUUCGCCACACCUGACAUCCUCCUUCGCACACCUGACAUCCUCCUUCGCACACCUGACAUCCUCCUUCGCACACCUGACAUCUGACAUCCUCUUUCGCCACACCUGACAUCCUCCUUCGCACACCUGACAUCCUCCUUCGCACACCUGACAUCCUCCUUCGCACUGCUCAAAAAACAGCAAGUUGAUUGACAGCUGGUUGCUCCGGCUAUCUCGCUGAUUGCCACACCUCCAGGAGACACGUGCAGACGUCCAAAGUCAUUUUCUUCUUGUCGGCGUGGCUGUGAUGAAAGUGGUGUGAAGCACAGGUAGUCCAGUUGGCCCCUGCCGUGCAAACAUGUUCCCCUUGUCUUUUUCACAAUAAUGCUUAUGUACGGGAGCCUAUAAAGCACGGUAUAUUUCA